GCCGAAAUAUAUUCGCGGCGUACCACAGAGAGCGGAAGUGCGUGAUGUAAUCGAAGUCAGGUUUCAGACUUUUCCUUUGUCUUUUACAUAGUCUAUUACGGCCGGUAAUGUGUUUUUGUUCACAUUAACGACCGAAAGGGUGACUUUUUUGAAGAAUGGCCAAAGAAAAACGACACAAGAGAAGAGAAUCACCGGAGCGCGAAUGUAAAGUGAAGGUAAAGCAGGAGAAGCUGAGUCCUGUUAGGCCACAGACAUCAGGCCGCUCCAGAUCCACAAGUCCGCAGAGAAGAAGACAUAGCAAGUCGCCUGCCAAGACAAGGGAGCGCUCACCGGGCAGGAAGGAUCCAUCUCCUGCCAGACGAGGCAGCAGAUCUCCCAGAAACAGAAGAAGUCGCAGUCCCCAUCAUCGUGCUGACGUCAGAUUAAAGCGGGAGCGAGAUGAGCCGCGGUCUAGUGGGGAUGAUCGCAGGAGACGAAACGACCAGCCAGAGCAGGGGCGCAGCAGGUGGGAAACAGACAGGCCGCGUGAGAGAGACCGUGGCGGAGACAGACACAGAGAGCGAGAUGCACUUGCCUCCCAACAAGCCGAGCGACAGCAGCACAACGAGCGGCGCAGGGAAAACCACCAGCGGCGCAAUGAAAACCAGGAGUUAAAUUUUGGAGCUGAGGGAGCGAGCGAUGAUCCAGAUGCACCCCCUGCUGAUAAGGAACAGCCCAACUUUGGACUGUCAGGGGCACUCACAGAAGAUACCAACACAUUCCGAGGGGUGGUGAUCAAGUACAAUGAGCCACCCGAGGCUCGAAUUCCCAAACGCAGAUGGCGAUUGUACCCCUUCAAGAAUGAUGAACCCCUCCCAGUCAUGUACAUUCACAGACAGAGUGCCUAUUUGUUGGGGCGGCAGAGAAAAAUUGCCGACAUCCCCAUCGACCAUCCAUCUUGUUCCAAACAACAUGCAGUAUUCCAGUAUAGACUGGUGGAGUUUACACGCUCGGAUGGCACCUCUGGCCGUAGGGUAAGGCCCUACAUCAUCGACUUGGCUUCUGGCAAUGGCACCUACGUGAACAACCAGCGCAUCGAGGCCCAGCGCUAUUACGAGCUCAAAGAAAAGGAUGUUCUCAAGUUUGGCUUCAGCAGCCGCGAGUACGUCCUCCUGCACGAGUUCUCAGACACCAGCGAGGUGGACGCCAAGCAGCAGGAGGAGGAGGAAGAAGACGAGGGCCUAGAUGAGUAAACCGCUCCCAUGAACUGUUUAGCCCAUGAAUUCAUUCAUGUUGCAUAACUUCAUCAAUGAAGAGUUGUACAGAGAACGGAUCAAUGUAUUAAAGGGAUAAUUCAGGAUUUUUGAAGUGUGGUUGUAUAAAGUUCUGACAUGGUGAGCGCAGACUGAGCUCGACGCUCAUGCUCACUGAAAACCCAGCCGCCACCAGGGACACAAGGGAAAAAAUGUUUUUAGCCACCUGUCUACUUAAGUCUGAUUUCUUAAGAAUAAGUCUCCCCCUUUAUUUUGCCAUUACACAGCCUUUUCUGACUGGAAACUGCAGUGUUUAUCCCUUACAGUGUCCAACUGCUCACUCUCCCACACCAAAGUCCAUGCAAAUGAUAUGCAAUUUUACAACUUUGCACACGGGGUUUGUUGAUCCAAGUUUCACUGUGUUGUUUUGUGACUUCGGUGUUUGAAGUCGCUCGUUCAGAUUAACCUGUGUUACACAAACUUACCAAAUAAGGCAGCAGUAGACCAGCAGCUCUUGUGUCCUCCUCGAGCUAAAAACACAAUUUUCUCUAUGGACUUUGGUGCAGGAACAGUUUCCAAACUUCUCCAGCUGGAAAAGACCAAGUCUAAUGGUGCAAUAAAGCAGCAAACAGACAGGAGCAGUAUUUUUACAAGGUGAGCCUUUUGCAAAGUGGCAAAUAUUUGUUAUUCCUUGUGUCCCCACUGGCAGCAUUGUCUUCACUUUCAAGCGUCCAUGUCAGAUUCUCACUGGUUACAACCACAUUUAAAAAGACCUGAACUAUCAUACAUUUGGAGAUUCCAUUAGUCUAAUUUGUGUAUUCUGUAAGUAAUAUUCUAUCGUUAAAUCCUGCCACAGCUGUCUCAAAGAAGACUUCCUACUCUCAGGUUGUUUGUCCGAUGUCUGUGAUGCAUGACUGAUCUGUCAUCUGAUUGUAGUCACAAGAAUUUAAAAAAAAAGAAGUGCUUGGGUGCCACAUAAAGAUAUCAUGCUAAAUACAAUAUUUUUGCAUCACAGCACCAAAUACAAUGUAUAUCUGAAAGCUAGUCUCAGUCCAGACUGUAAAUGUCAUCGUACACAAGAAUGUGGAGUGUGUGUAUAAUAAACAUUUCUUAUAGACGGAGUAAACAUACAUAAAAUUUAAAAUAACUGCCUUUUUUUUUUUUGCUUUCUUGUGCAGGGAAUAUAGUUGAUGUGUUUGAAGAUGUUUUAUUUUUCUGUUCAGAGGCCCACAGCAUUUUUGGUUACUAUACAUUUUUUGUACUGUAAAUAAAGAUGAAACUGGA